GUGUUAUUUAGUGAGACCUCGAGUACGCUGUAAACACGUGCAGCUUGGAUUUAAAUGAAGUGGAUUGUUAAAUAAAGUGCAAAAUGCCGAUUAAAGGAAAAAAGAAAACUAAACGGACUUUAAGGGCCAAUACCUUUGUUUUUCAAUCAUUUACCGAAAAAUUAGAUGAUAUAAAUAUUGAUGUUCAUCGACAUAUUAAAAGAUAUGAAAGCGAUUCAGGACUGACACAUGUCGCCGAUUCUUUAGAUAAAUGGACAGAUUUAAAUUGCACUGAACAUUUCGUUAAUCUACGAAGUGAUAUUUCAUUUGAGGUUAGAACUACGGUACAAGUUGUUCACAAUAAGGAGAAACUACAAGAUAUAAUUCUAAAACACUUGGAGAUAGAGGAUUCUAAUGCAUUACAGGCUAUCUUGGAACUGGCUGUUGCCUUAGCUGAAGAUGUUCUCUUAGAUUUUUAUCCAUUUUGGCCCAAAGUUUUUAGAGCUAUUGUCAAAAUACUAGAUGAGAGACAUCAUGAUAUCGAUGCUUUGAAAUGGUCUUUUUCAUGUUUAGGACAUUUGUUCAGAAUAUUAUGGAGACGAAUGGUAACUGAUAUGAUUAAUAUUUUCAACCUUUUUUGUCCUCUUCUUUCAUCAAGGAGAAAUUAUAUUGUUGAAUUUGCUGCGAAAACUUUCGCUUUUUUGCUUAGGAAAUGCUCUAAUCUUACAGAAAUGUUAGAAAUUUUUAAAGAAACCAUUAAGAACAAAAAUUCAUCUCGCGAAGCAAUUGGUUCACUUUUAUUUGAAAGCGUCAUAGCUACUUCAGGUCAUUUACACUCAAAAUGUGGAAAAACAUUGCAAGAGAUCAUUAAAACUCUUCCUGAAGUCUGUCCAGAAGUUUGGAAAAAACUUGCAGAAUACACUCAUCUACAAUAUGCUACUCAAAUUUGGCAACCCAUUCUGAUAAACUUUUCGCCUAACCUCUGCCUCACUGUCCUAAACGCAAAUUUACAACUCUUAACUGAAGAAAAUGUUCCAAGUCUUCUAGAGAAUUGUUUACAAUAUCCAAACUUGGACCUUAUUGAAUUGUUACUCUCGUCCCAAUCUGUAACUUUUCAAAAAAAAUUGGAGUUGUGUAAAGCGGUGGCGAAUUCAAAUUUCAACACUAGUGAAGUAUCAUCCUUUACAAUGAAAUUAUCAGAAAACAAAGACUUUGACAGCUAUUUUAAACCAAUAUUUAUAUCUUAUCUGGGAAAGAAUGUUAAAUCAAAUCAAGAAGAAGUUAUCAGCUUAAUUUUACAACUCAUUCAUUCCAAAUCACCAAAUCCAAUUUUUGGCCCUAGUUUAAAGUCUUGGAAAUCGUACAAUAUUAAUGAUGAUAAUAUUGAGCAAGUCCUAAAAGAGUGGAUAUCGGCUAAAGAUGUAGACAAAGUGUUAAUAGCGUUAUAUCUUUUACCACAUUCUAAAAAAAAUCAGAAUUUGGUAUUUGAUCCAAAACGCCUCUUGGCUCAACACAAAAACAACAGUCGUUUAAUUUUAGGAAUAGUAACAUGCUUUGCGCUUAUGGAGAAGAAGCUGUCUUGGAAAGAAAUUUUAGAUAUUUGCACCGAGGACUGCAAUGACAUCUAUAACCUUACAGCCCUUAAUUUGUGCGUCUCGCUGAAUCCGAAUGAAGUUGAAAGUCUGAAAUUUAGGGAACAUUUGAUUAGUAAAUUAAGGGAGUUGCUAUGUUCUCCUUCAGCUCAUAAGCGUAAAUUAGCUGCCCAUUCUCUUUCAAUUCUAUCCUCAAACUUGCGCAAACAAAUGGAAUUUUGCGUAAAAGUUGAAGAAACGCCAGCUAAUGUUCAUCAGUAUAGGGAACGGUUAAGAAUAUUACAAAAAUUGGAUAUUCUUGAAGAAAUACAAGCAGAAAAGGAGAAUGAUCAACUUAUCAUUGUAGAUUAUCUUGUAGGCCAUUGUUAUGUUAAUCUAAUGCUUUGUUGGGAACCGACAAUAGAAAUUUUAGCUAAUUAUGCUAAAGCGAUUAAUAAAGAGACAUUCUUCGUUGUUUGGAAAAAACAUUUGAAUAGAGUAGCCUCAUUCUGCGAGGAAGAUUUAGAGGUGGCUGAAGAAGAUUUCGUUGAUAAGCCUUUAUCAUCAGCAUUGGAUAUGAUUUCAAUAAAGCCAGAAUAUAAAGCUGAUCAUGACAAUGUAAGAAACUUAUUGUGGAAAGGCAUGAAUAAGUUUAUUGGUAUCAUGGAAGAGUUUGGAGAUCAAAUAUCAGACUUAUUAUUUCGUUUUAUCGAAAAUGAAUAUGAAAAAGUUUUUCCAGUUAAUAAGAAGUUUGAAAAUAUUUUACAAUCAAGUGAACCAAGCGGUAGAAAUGCCUCUAAAAUUGACAAGAAAAAAACCAGAUUUGCAUUGAGAACACAUUUAAAUUUUUUUUCGAAACUCCGAAAUCCUGGAAAAUUGCAGGCUCACGAACGUUUACGAUCUUUAUACUUAAAUUUUUUACAAAAUCGGGACACUGGCAUUCAGUCGUCUUCCUUAAAUUGUUUAUUUGCAUAUAAUCAGCCAUUUUUGACCAGUUAUAAAGAACAUUUGGUCAAUUUGUUGAAUGAUCAUAAAAUGAAAUUGGCAAUGGCUGAAUUAAGCGAGAAUCGUGUUGAUGAAAGUCAUAAAGAAAAGUUAUGGAAUGUUCUACAUAGGCUUUUAUAUGGGAAAUUAUUACAAAAGUAUGGUAGAGAUCGCGGAGGUCAUUUAGCUUCAAUAUCAAAACGUUCAACAAUUAUUAGAUUCUUAGCUAAUGCUCCAGAAUUCAAGAGUUUCUUCUUGUUACUAUUGGAAUAUUAUCAGAUCUAUACAACCAAGAUAAAUCCUGAGAAGAUCUUGAAAGAGGUUGCGAUAAAUAUAACACCAGAAAAAGUAGUCAAUCUGCAAGUGCAACUUGCUGUUGGAAAUACCUUACAUUUAAUUAUCAGCAAGCUGGAGAAGAGCGUCAUGGAAAAUUCCGAUGUUAUGAUCGGGAUUCUUCUUAUUAUUUUAGAACAAUGCAGAGUCUUAAAUGAAAAAAAAGAAGAUCUCAAAGAGAGAUCUGUAAAAUCUUUAAAGCAUCUCAAAGGUCUAUGUUUGAAAGUAAUAAUACGAAUGUUUCAAUCCGAAAUGGAAACAAUAUCAGAAAAUAAGAGGGAAAUUUUAUUCACUAAUGCACUUAAAAACUCUAUUGAAGGUUUAGAAAACGAAGCUACAAACGUUUCAACUGCUUUGAAACUGAUUUAUGCUUGUGCUUGUAAGAAAAGUCUAUGGAACUUGUUACUCCUGAAAGUUGAUCACGUGACAAUAAUCACGGGUGUUUUUAACUUGUUAUCAAACAAAUCUUUAAAAAAGAAAGUCAGCGAUUUUAUAUUGGAAAUAAUUCUUAAUUUAGUUGACGACGAAGAUGAGGAUGGUUUCUUAAUAAUUAAACCUUUUGUUAGUCAACUAUUGAAAUAUAUUCAAAAAAGUAUGGAAAAGAAGUUCAAAAUUGCACAGCUUGAAAAAGAACUAGCCAUAUUAUCAAAGAUAGGAAUUUUUGUUGAUGAUCAACAAAUUUCAGAUAGCCUUCUAAAAUUACUUCUCCCCUUAAUUUUAAAACAGAGGACAGCAAACGUUCAUGCACUUAAUUCAAUAAAACAUUUAAUUAAGAAAACUGACGCAGAAAAAUUUACGGAUAAUCUAUUAAGAUUAUGCUCUCUGGGGUUAGAUAGAGUUCAGCGAGACUCACUUAUUGAUUGUCUUCAGGAAUCAUUUAAAAAUGCCGAUGUUAAGUCCUUUAUUCGAGAUUGCAAUGCUUGGGACAAAAAGAGACUAGAAGAACCUGAUUAUGACAAACGAUUGCAAGCACUUGAGACAAUGGAGUUGAAUUUUAAGAAUUCUACUGAAUACAUCAGCAUAAGACCUUUAUUCAUGGCUUUAAUUCAUAACUCUGCAUAUGUCAUAAACACAAUAGAAGAUACUGUUUUAGUUGACAGAUUUUGUUUAAGCAUUCAAGAUUCAUUGAAACAAAUGUCCAGUAUAUAUAAUGAAAAUGAAGAUUAUCAGAAUGUAAUAAGUUUGCAUCUUCUUCCUCUAGUUAAAAAAGGAUUGACAAGAUCGGAUGAAUCUAAGAGACACGAAUGGAUAACAGUACUUUCUACUUUAAUUAAAACCCACGAAGGAGAAUUUACAUGUUUAAGGAAUUUGCAAUCUGAUGACGAGGAGAUUGAUGUAUUUCAAAAUAUUAUUCACAUUCAGAUGUAUAGGCGAUCUAAAGCUAUGAGGAAAAUAGCUGAUUAUGCAAAAGAAAACGAAAUAGGAUCCAAGAUUGUAGCACAUUACAUUCUCCCACUGAUUUCUCAUUAUAUCAUCGACAAUAAAUAUGCAAAGUUUGGUAAUCUUGUCGAUACUUGCAUUGAAUCUUAUGGAAAGCUAACAUCAUGUUUAAAAUGGAAGACAUACCAGAACGAACUCAUUUUCAGCAUUAAACAAAUUGAAAAAUUUAAAGCCGACUUAAAAAAUGUCAACGUUAGAUUAGUUGUAAGCAUCCUGGACUCAUUUAAUUUCGCUACAGAGAAGGCAACAUCCUUCCUUACAAAAAAUGUCUUAGCUAAGCUUGAAAAGCUUAUGAUCAACAAAAGCGGAGAUGAAGAAAAUCUUAGAGUUCCAUUAGCCCUUGCCAUUGUUAAACUAUUACAAAAAUUACCUCAAAAGGUUAAGGACGUUCAUCUGCCUAUAGUUUUACUAAAACUUAUUCACUUCUUGAGAAGUAGAACAAUUACUGUACGACAAAGUGCCAGAGAAACUUUGGUGAAAGUUGUUUGCAGUCUCGGGUUGCGUUAUGUUCACUACGUUAUGGAUGAACUGCAAAAUGCAUUGAGAAGAGGAUUUCAAAAAAACGUUUUAUCUUUGACUAUAUUUUCUAUCUUAUCAGCCCUGGAGCCAACUGUUAAUGAAAAUUAUAAUUCAGUUGUCAAACAAAUUGCGUUUGUUUGUAAAGAAGAAUUAUUUGGCGAAGAGCCAGAAGUUAAAGUUCCCGAGGCCAAAAAUGUGAAAAGUUACGAUAUCAUUUUACUUCUAAGUAAAAACAUUCAGUCUAAAGCCUUCGAUGACCUUGUAAAUCCUUUCAAGGAAAUUCUCUACAAGACGACGUCACACAAGGACGUUAACAAAUUACGCAGGCUUUUUCUGCAAAUUUGCAAGGGAAUAUCAGCAAAUGAAAGAUGUUCUGUGGAAGAAAUUUUAACAAUUGCUUUCACUCUGACAAUCGAACCAGAAGAAGAUAAAACAAAAGUUAAGGUAGACUCUAUGAUUGAAAAGUAUCUGGAGAAAAAGCAAGACGCUUACAUCGUUCCGUUAGAACCUUCUAGAGGUGCAGUGAAACCAAAAACAACAGUAAAGACAAAUAUGUCACUUUUACAAGAAAUUUGUUUUACGCUAGUAUCAUCACUAUUCAAAGAAAGAAAAUUUGAAAAUAAUUUAGACCACGUUCGACUAUUAGACCCUUUCGUCCCUAAAGUUUUACAAGUAUUAGAAGUCGAUCGUGACGAUAAUAACCUAUGCGCCGCUUUAAGGCUUCUGCCUCGUCUCCUUAAAAUGAAGCUAGUAAGCAUUAAAGAAAAUGCGCAACAUUUUGAGAAAUCUUUAUUUGUUCUUCUAGAAGAAUUUACAUCUAGCAAAUCGUUAGUACUUCAAUUAGCUUUUAAAGCUCUUACCUCAUUAAUUCGGGAUGCCGAAUUAAAAAUCAGUAACCCGAAACAUUUACAACUAUUUGUUGUCUAUGCUGAUGCAAAUCUCCAUGAUGAUGGAAAGAAUAUUCAAAUAUAUCAAGCGUUAUCUGUUCUUCUUAAAACCUGUUCGGACUUUCCUGAAUUAGAGGAAAUUAUUUCCAAAGCAAGGGAGACUGUAAUUAAAUCUGACAUUCCACUUCUUCGUCAGAGUGCUAGAAAUUUAGUAUUGAAUUAUACACUUGAUUUUCCACUGGGUGAUAAAAAGGUUAAAGAACAUUUAGAAUUUUGGGUUGGUCAACUAGAAUAUUUUGAAGAGAACGGAAGAUGUAGUGCGUUAGAAACGCUGCUGUUAAUUUUUGAAAGAUUUCCGAUCCAGGUCAUUCAAGAAAAUUCUCUAUAUUUUUUGUUAUCGGUUAGUUCUAGGUUAAUCAAUGAAUCGAGCGAAAAAUGCAAGAAAUUGGCAGCAUUAGUCACUAAAAAGAUAUUUAAACGGUUGAAUGACAAAUUCAGGGAUAGCUUUGUUACAAUGGUACAAAAAUGGUUUAAAAGCUCAAAAGUUGCUAAUCUUCGUUUAGCUAUUAUGACUUUAUCUCAACUCCUUGCUGUCGAAGAGGAAAGUUUUCGAAAGAGAGUAUCGUCCCUUUUGGAUCAAAUCCUUGACGUUUUCAAACUUGGUGAACAAACAGAAAUUAAGGAAGAUUUAGAGAUUGACCAUUUAUUUAUUACUGCUUUGUCGUUUAUUUUACAAAUGGCGAAGGAGUGCUCACUCAUGAAAUUAUCUAAAGAAUAUCCAAGAAAUUUGUACCCAAUUGUGAAAGAUUUAUUAAAUCAUCCUCACAGUCACGUUAGGACUUUGGCAAGUCAAAUAUUAGGCUUUAUUCUCGAUCCGAAAAUAGGUUUAAUUAAGGAGGAAAACGAACUAAAAGAUUUAUGCAAGAUGAAUUUAAAACAAUUAGAAUUUGAAUACUGUCUAAACGAGCAUUUAGACCAAAUUGUGCGAAAUGUUAUAUCAAUCUUUAAUAGUCUAAAAUCUGAUAAUAAAGAGGAAUGGGUUGUGAAGAAACUUGUUAAAGAAUUAAAUAUAGAACUGGUUUCUAACUCAAAAUCAAGAAGAUUUCAUGAAACAGCUUUUAAAUUUUUUGCGGCUAUCUGUGCUGGGCAAGAUAAAUCGCUAGCUGGCAAAUAUGCAAAUAACUUCAUCAAGAGUUUGAUUAGAGUCACUGGGCAUAAAGGAGAAACUCAGGAAUUACAAGAUUUAGCGACGGAGACUUGCUCUCUUAUUAGGGCGGCAAUCGGUGGCAAACAAUAUACUCAAAUAUAUUCUGAUGCAACUAAAAUCUUGGGAGCUAAAAAAUUGAAACGCAAGCAAAAAUCAGCCGAACUGAUGAUUAACGUUCCGGAAAUAGGUGCAGCAAAAAAAUUAAGAAAGAACCUUAAGAAGCGACCGGCGUUGAAAAGACAAAGGCAAAUGGAAAACGAUUCAAUAAAAAAAAUAAAAAUUCAGUAA